UGUUUGAGGAAGUGCAAGUGGCGAGGAACUGCACAAGUUAGACUCGAUCAUACUUGACAUAUCAGGCAGAAAUCACUUCAUUUAUUAGACAGAUUUGAUUCAUUGUGGAGUUUAAUUUGCUCUGCUUUAAUGUGAACGUACUUGAAAGAUUGACGGACGUCUUGGAGUGAAACGUGAGAGAACAGACCUCUGCCACGGGAUGCAGGCCAGCGGUUUUCUGUUUGUUCUUCUCAUCGGGACUGGAUUAAGUGCUUCUCUGCCGUCCGGAAACGGAACAGAGUCCGGUGGUGAUACGACGCCUCUUCUUCUGGUGUCGUUCGAUGGCUUCCGAGCAGACUACCUUAAACAAUACUCCUUCCCUAACCUGGAGAAGUUCUUCUCCUCUGGUUUGCUGGUACAUGAACUGACCAACGUUUUCACAACGAAAACCUUUCCCAAUCAUUACAGUCUGGUCACGGGACUGUACGCAGAGAGUCACGGCAUUCUGGCCAGCAGGAUGUACGACCCGGCGACGAAGAAGAAUUUCUCCGUUGAAAACGACAGCGAUCCGUUCUGGUGGAACCGAGCCAAACCCAUCUGGGUGUCCGUGGAGGAAUCUGGAUACAGAGCAGCGUCGGCCAUGUGGCCGGGGUCGGAUGUAAAUAUUCAAAAUCACACGUUAGAAUACUCGUUCAGAUACGACUCUCGUGUGAGCUUCAGAGAGAGGCUGGGAAACCUGACGCGCUGGAUGACGGAGAACACAGCCGUGAAGUUUGGUGCUCUGUACUGGGAGGAGCCGGAUCGCAGCGGUCAUCUGUACGGGCCGGAGAACAGCACAGAGAUGCGUCGAGUUCUCAGGGAGGUGGAUAAUCUGAUGGGUUUAUUGAUGGAACAGCUCAACACAACUGGAUUAUGGGGGAAAAUAAACGUCAUCAUCACGAGUGAUCACGGUAUGACUCAGUGUUCUGCAGAGCGUCUCAUUGAACUGGAUGCGUGUGUCAGCCCGGACAGAUACAGGGUGGUGGAUCUCACUCCUGUGGCCGCCAUAAUACCACUCACAGAUAAUGUGACGGUCUAUAAAAGUCUGUCGAGCUGUCACCAUCACAUGAAGGUUUAUCUGAAGGACGCUCUUCCUGACAGGCUGCACUAUAAAAACAACGAGAGGACACAGCCGAUCAUUCUGGUGGCAGAUGAAGGCUGGACGAUCGUCAAACACGGCAGACUUCCGCGCUUGGGCGAUCAUGGCUAUGACAACACUCUUCCCAGCAUGCACCCCUUCCUGGCCGCCCAUGGGCCUGCGUUUCGUGCAGGCUACACGAUGUCGAGUUUUAACAACGUGGAUCUGUAUCCUCUCAUGUGUCACCUCAUUGGCAUCCCUCCGAUGCCCAACAACGGCAGUUUCGCCCGCGUGCGCUGCGCGUUAGCUCACGAGCAAUGCAGCGAGCUGGCGUUAGCGGUGGGCGCUGUCAUCGGCGUCUUGAUAAUCCUCACCACCUUCACCUGUCUCUUCAGACUGAUGAAGAACAGAGACGUUUCCUCGCAGCGUCCGUUUGCCCGUCUGGAAUUAGAUGAAGACGACGAUGACGAGCCGUUACUGGAAUGAUGGACGUCACACGUGUGUGCUUUUUUUGUUUUUACAGAUGCAGGUACGGUCAGUUUCACUUCAUUCAAGCACAAAGAAGAAUCCACACGGAAAUUCAAGUUCUGUCAUUUACUCACGAAAAGGUCACAGUGUGUAAAUCAUGUCUGAAUUUUUCCUUUCAGUGCCACAAAUGGUGCCAAGGUGACAAUCACAUGAAACAUUUAAGAGAGAAUUCACAACGGUUAUAGAGACAAAAAUAACACCGUGAAAAGGAUAAAGGGAUUGGUAGAACACAACCACAAAAGCAUCUGUUCUCAUUUUCACUCGCUGUGCUCGAUAUAACAUCCGCUUUUAACUUUAAAAGCUUUUAGUGCUUCCGUCUUAACUGAGUUGCCACUCAAUUUCACUGGAUUAAAAAUAUUCUCUGAAAAUAUUGUUUCAAAUGUAUUGAUGCGCUUUUCCACAAGCAUGAGGCUGUUAACAGAGAUUUUAUAAUAUUCUUAAAAUAUCGUUAUAAGCAUUUGCUUUGCAUCUAUAACUCUGCAGUUGUUUGUUACUGACGCUUUAGCCUUUCGUGCAGUCUGAAGGAGAACAUAAGCAAUAAUGAUAAGAAGCUUUACUCUACUGAGAUUACUUGAAAAUACUGUGUUGACCUGUCGCAACAUUGUACUAUUUGUGGUGUAUCAGAUGACGCCGCAUGUGUUCAUUUGAAUAUGUAUUUCUUUGUUAAAGGUACAGAUUGUUUUGUUCGUGUUAAAGAGGCAUUUGCACGUUUAGAUCAAAAGCGAACAGAUUUGAUUAGUCGUGUGUCUGACAAAUCUCACAUUUCUGUAGGAUUUAAUGUAGUGUACAUCACUGUACGUUUGUGUUUGUUGCACUGGUUGGGAAAUCUUUAGGGGAGAUGGGCAAACUUUCCUCCUGCUGUUUUUGUAUUUUUCUAUUUAAUUUAAGUUAGAUGUGCUUUUACAACUUGUGCUGCUUUUAUUUGGGAAUAAGAAAUGAUGUUGUUUCUGAAUUUAUGCUAUAUGUUGUUCUUUUUUUAAUAGUUUUAUCUAAAAAUCUAUUUUGUGACACUUUCUUGCGGUUGUACACAUUUAGCAAUUAAGUUAGGGUCGAGUUUCAGUUACUGAUAUAAAGUAGAUUGACCUCGUUGGUUCAGUAUUGGACUUUAAAGAUGUUUGUGGUCAUGAAUCCAAAGCUUAUAAACCUUCGUUCGACUAUGCAAAGCAAAAAGUGAAGAGAAAAAGUCAAAUGGGUUUUUUUUCUCACAUUGCCUACUUGUGUUUGUCAGCUGAAAAUCAAAUAAAAUAUCUAUUUAAGGUA